GGGAGGACGAGGAUGUAGCAGCACCACGUUACUAUUAUGUCUAUCAUUCCUAAUCAUAUUUGGCAGAUGUCUAGUUUCAUACAACUUAGAUUCCUCGUUUCUUGUCGUUGUUUAUCUACCCAACGUUGUACUACUCGAUCUUUUGUGGAUUCUGGGAACGACCGUGUUACCUUGAUAGCUACUCAGCUGUCUAAUUGUACUUGUGUACCGGAAGUUAACCAAGUGUAUGCGCACGUUCUAAGGACGCACUUUUUGAUCUCCUAUCCGGCACCAUUUAAUUGGAACAAUGUUAUAAGAUCAUACACUAGGCUAGAGGCUCCACUCCACGCGCUUCGGAUCCAUGUUUCCAUGUUGCGGGCAGGGGUUUUGCCCGAUUGUUACACCCUUCCCGUUGUGCUCAAGGCCUUGUGCCAAUCUUUUGAUAUUAAGCUUGGCAAACAGGUUCAUUCUGUUGGUAUCAAGCUUGGACUUCAAUCUAACGAGUACUGCGAAACGGGGUUUAUAUGUUUGUAUUUUAAAGCUGGAGAAUUUGGAAGUUCCCGUAAGGUGUUUGACGAAAAUCCUGACCCAAAGCUUGGUUCUUGGAAUGCUGUGAUAGGUGGUCUUUCCCAAGCUGGUCUUGCCAGGGAUGCGAUACGUGUGUUUCUUGAUAUGAAGAGGAGCGGAUUUGUGCCGGAUGGUGUCACUAUGGUGAGCGUCACGUCGGCUUGUGGAAGCAUUGGUGACUUCAACCUGGCUCUCCAGUUGCAUAAAUGUGUUUUCCAGGCUAAAGAAGCUGAGAUAGUUGACAUUUUGAUGUUGAAUUCGCUGAUUGAUAUGUAUGGAAAGUGUGGGCGAAUGGACUUGGCUUACAAAGUUUUUGUCACGAUGGAGGAACGGAAUAUAUCAUCAUGGACAUCCAUGAUUGUGGGCUAUGCGAUGCAUGGACAUGUGGAGGAAGCGCUUGAAUUCUUCGGGCGUAUGAGAGCGGCUGGAGUGAAGCCAAAUUAUGUGACUUUUAUUGGUGUACUUAGUGCUUGUGUGCACAGUGGGACAGUUCAUGAAGGAAGACGUUACUUUGAUAUGAUGAAGAAUGUUUAUGGCAUAACCCCCCGAUUGCAACAUUAUGGAUGCAUGGUGGAUCUGCUGGGUCGAGCAGGAUUGCUUGAUGAUGCCAGAAAAUUGGUGGAGGAGAUGCCUAUGAAGCCAAAUUCAGUAGUAUGGGGGUGUUUGAUGGGUGCGUGUGAAAAAUAUGGGAAUGUGGAUAUGGCCGAAUGGGUAGCUAAGCAUUUGCAAGAAUUGGAACCUUGGAAUGAUGGUGUUUACGUGGUAUUGUCUAAUAUCUAUGCCAAUAAAGGCUUGUGGAAGGAGGUGGAGAGAAUCAGAUCGGUCAUGAAAGAAGGAAGACUUGCUAAGGUUCCUGCAUAUAGCCUGACGACAAAUUCAGAUUAAAGAUUCAAUAAUAAUCUAUUUUUGCAUUGAGGAUUGGAGAAUCAAUUAUAGUUCUGCUUCUGUCGAUCAUGACUUGAAAAUUGAAAUUUUGUUUUCAGUGAUAAAUACUCCAUAAACACAAGAUAUUUCU